AUGAGCCCUCUCAAUCCAGACAGACAGGCAAAAUACGAACCAGACUACACCGAGCCAUUCCCGCUGCCGCCUCCAAGCCCUACAUCUGACAGCAGGACCAACACUCCCAACACAAAUCGCAAGCGAGCAGGAGAUGAAUCGAGUACACAGCCUCCAGUAAAGCGACAAAGUAACACUACCACGUCUAUCGACUCUCAGACAGCUCCUACGAUAGGCACCGAGGUUGAACAACCAGUACCUUCGUCGGAAACCGAUCAGGCAAAGUCCAAUGCUACCGACGAGAAUACAAAGUCUAUCAGGCUCCGUAUCGAACAAUACAAGCAUCGUUUGCAAAUUCUCGAGGCCGAACGUAACGCGAUAUCUCAAAAUGGAGACCCCGAAGCUUUCAACAAGGCGAAAAGGUUUCUGGUAACUAAUCAUCUCAAUCUGGCAGCCACCGUUGCAAAACUACACAAGAUUGAAGACUUGAUCAGACAAGUUGCCAAAGUAAUCAGAGAUUGCCAUGACGUGGUCCCAGCACAACUUCACCAAGCCCUGCAGGCAAGCGUGGCCGACCGCGACAGUUGUCACACCGAGCUACAAAAGAUGACACAGCUCCUUAAAGACGCUAUAGACAAAGACUAUGAGACUGGCGUCAAGUUCAAUGCAAUAGAAAGGCAGAUAGACGAAUUGAAGAGCAAUCUGUGGAUGGCUGAACAAGACCUCACCAAUACCCACUUGCAACAAAGGCUCGACGCUCUUAGCCAUGUCAAAGUCUCCAAGCUGACUUACGACCAACGACUCCGGUUGGACAAGCUUGUUGGGCAGGUGACGGAAGUUCUCAACGAAGAACCAGGAACUCUGCCGCAUGAUUUGAGCAUCACCAAGUGA